UUCAAUCACAUUUACGUUUUCCUUUUCGCUAAGUUAUUACACAAUAAGAGAUUCGAGCGAUAUCCCGUUCACUUGUAUAUUUAAACAGCGGGUUUUUUUUUUACUUUUCCCCACGGCUUUUAAUAUUUCACCGGGGAAAAUCGGUUGUUAAAUUAUAAAAUGGGAUAACGAAAGAAAAGUAGUAAAAUUGUACUAUGGAGGACAAAAACUCGAGAGAGAGAGAGAGAGAGAGAGAGCGCAAAUGUCGAGCAUAUUACUUUUUACGUGGGAUUUUUUUAACAUUUCUGUGAAAUACUAAUUUAGAUAGUUGAAUGUCUUUGAUUUGAUGUAAUUUUUCCCGCGCUAUUAAGCGCACUAGCCCGACGAAGAGUUUUUAUUUAUAUUUAUGCGAUAUGCUUGUUGACCCUAUAUCGCCUUGUUAUAUUUACACAAUAAUCGUGAUAUAAAUAUUUUGACAUGAAUCUUUAACAUUUUCCGUAAAUCCGCGUCUGCUUAAAGUUGAUAGAAGCAACGUUGCGCGGAGAAAAGUUGUCGAUCCCCCUGUUUUGCCAUGUCCUUUACCGAGACAUUGGUUCAUCUCUUUGGUUAUUAUUAACAACAUGAUCGCGCGCGUUAUAUAUAUCAUUCAUGCGACGACGCUCGUUUAAAUGAAUAUAAGUCAAUUCGACGGCUCUGGCCGCUAUUACCCUGGUUCUUAUCAGUGAAUUUCGAAUCGAUUGUCAAAGUUUUGGCACGGUAACCUUUCGGGAAUUCCGAGUCAUCGAUUUUUACCGCCUGCGAUAUUUCCUCGUCUUUGCCGGGCUAUUUUUGCAAUCUUCGCGACCCCGAAAUCUAGAUCUAAAACGCACAGCUUCAACACACAGCGGAGAAAGAGAGCACGCCCGUGUCUUACUAAUAGUGAUUAAUGGCGCAUAUGCACGCCACAAUUGAACGGGUUUAUCCUGAGAUCGCGAAGAGCACUGUCUGUCCUCUCCUCCGUCGUGAUAUCCAUCCCCUCUCAAAUCAAACAGGCGGAAAAUAAAAUGUUCGUAAACAUGGAAUAAUUCUCUCCCUUCCUGAACGGAAGUAACUCCGUGCAAGCACGUGGCGCGAACUUAGUUGUCGUCCGUUUCACCGCAAAACUUAAAUGGAUUCGGAAAAACUACAUCUCUCUUGAGCGCGCGCGAAUUUUCAUUCAAGUCGCGAGCGUUAAUUAACCGACAUGUCGUCGAUGAAAUAAUCCCCGUGUGUGUUUACUCGCUCGCAGCACGCAUGCACACACAGACGCUCAGUACGGACACGGAAUUAAUUACCCGACCGCACAUAAUCAAUAACGCGUAGCAUGUAAUUAGAACGUUAAAAAUACCAUGCUUUGCAUUACACACCGUUAUUAAGCAAACGCGUUUGUUGUGCCGACGACAUAGUGUGUGGUGAUGCUCGACGAGAGAGAGGGGCUUCACGUGGCGAACAUUUUGUGCAGCGCUCGCUCGACGAGAUCAACGAGGAAGGUAAUAAAACAGCGGCCGAGAGAGAGAGAGAUGAAAACGACGCCGGGAAACGUGUCAGCGAUGGUGUGACCUCGUGUGACCACUGUGUAUAAAAAGAACACGGGAAGUCGAGAAGGUGGUGGUGGUGUUUGCGAGGGAGAGGAGGGUGCGUCGUAGGUUUUCGACAAUUUAGCGGCGGUAGGAUCAUGGCAACGCCGCCGGAUUCACCGGGACCGGAAGAGGCCUUCUUCGACUUCGAGAGCACGAGGGCAAGACAGCAGACCACCAGGCCGGUGCCCAUAGAGGAACUUCUGCGACAAACCAAGUUCUCCCGCCAGGAGAUCCGAGUUAUGUAUCGAGGCUUCAAGCAGGAGUGUCCCGAAGGAGUAGUGCACGAGGACUCGUUCAAGGACAUUUAUGCGAAAUUCUUCCCACACGGCAACUCCAGUCUCUACGCCCACUACGUGUUCAAGGCCUUCGACGUUAAUUGCAACGGGGCCAUCAGCUUCAGGGACCUCCUUGUGACACUGUCGACUCUGCUGCGUGGCAGCAUUUACGAGAAAUUGAGGUGGACUUUCAAGCUGUACGAUAUAAAUGGCGACGGCUGCAUCACCAGGAGCGAGCUGGGCGAAGUAGUGACGGCGGUUCACGAGCUCAUGGGUAGGCGGCAUCACGCCGAGGAAGAGCGAAAGGCGAGGGAACAGCUGGACAGGGUUUUCAAGAAACUCGAUCUCAACCAGGACGGUGUUAUCACGAUCGAGGAAUUUAUCGAGAGUUGUUUGAAGGACGAAGUGAUCACACGAUCGCUGGCGAUGUUCGACUGUGCGCUUUGAUCUCCGGCUAAGGACGAGCCUCCAGCGGUCACCGCGACGUCGCCGACGCCACUCUCGACGACGACAUUCUCGCAAUCCCUGUCUCCGUCGCCGCCGCCGCCGUCUUACUCCCUGCUACCGCCUAUCCCGCCGCCCCUGCCCUCGCAACCGCCACCCGGAUAUACCGUCCAGGAUCAGGAGCUCUAUCUGCUGCUAGCCGCUCACUGGUGGAAUCAACCCGAGGCGCCGCUUUUCUGCUGAGGGGCAACACGAUAACACGAGGACACGAUGCGCAAGUUGUCGUCCUUAUCCUCGCCGACCGACGGAGCUUGGCUAUUGGAGGCCCAGCCGUUUUGAGAACAACAUACAGAAUAUCGCGGUAUCACUGCUUCGCCAUCGUUGGGAUUUCAAUUUUACGGCGAAUUGCGAUGAUCCUGCAAUAUUUCCAUGAGGACCGACAAUUGGAAUCGAUUUCUGACAGAAAUCAAGUAGCAGAGUUACACAAUUCGACGUCGAGUGUUCGGUUUAACGUUAUUGAUAAGCGAGACAAGUGUACCUGCAGUUUCUACUGCGAUCUCCCGAGGAAACACAACGUUUAACGAGAAGAAACGAGAAGGCAGUAUCGGUCUCAAUGAGCACGAAUGAAAUUUCGUCGUGAGGGAAAAUCGAAAUAUCAGGUUAUCAAACUGGGUUUGUAUCGGGUAAUGUCGAGGAAAUCCUGAAACGACGACAACGAUGACGUCGACGAUAAGAAUAACGGGAAACGGCGAAAGAAAAAGUGUGCGGAUGUGAGUAAGAGUCGUUGCGCGAAAACGAGAAUUCCACACGAGAUGGGAUAUUCUGAUUUAAUCUCUAUGAUCCUAAUUUACUCAUGACCGUCAGAGAUUGAUAGGAUAUUCGGGGAUUGUCGCAACCACUAUCACAAAGACGAUAUUCUAAGCAAACCGACAUAUUUCUCUGUGGAAGUUAUGCGUUUUCUUUUACGAUAACGUAUCCGUUUGUUCUUUCUUUUCGCGACCGUGAAGUAAAAAAAAGAAAAAGAAAAAUAGUGUUCGUAUUGAUGCGGAAUUGAUGAAUUUAAUAGGCUGUUUUGCCUGGAGAAAUUUAUCGACUUGUUAUACACACUUGUUACCGUGUAGUCGUAUAUUUAUCUAUCUACGCGUACAAUUACAAUCAUUUCCAAAAGAAGGUAACUUGUAAUGGUCAUUCUUUCGUUUAAGGAUCCCCACCUUCUGUACGACAUCGUUGCACUCGCCAAUUUUAUUCUAUUUCUCGCAAUUAACGGUAGUUAGUAUUACGAUCGCGUGACUAUGUACACAGUUUAUCCCAGUGAAAAAGUGACUGCUGUCAUGACACAACACAAGGCGUUAUGUUUUGUUUUUAUUAUUCAAAAUGGACCAUUUGUGAGUCGAUAUAAAAGAAAAGAAAACGAUCGUCAAACUUUUUUAAGCAGUCCUUAAAGUCCUCCGCCGGAAUCGUCUUUAGAAACUCUGUCCCGAAUCAUAAUGUGAUUCUUUCAUAGCUAACUUUAGGAACUCUAGUCACAGGGAGCUAAAUCAGACGGGGGGAGGGGAAGGGGGUUACGGCGAAUAAUCGCAAUGCUUUUUUUAGCCGUACAAUUUUGGUUUUGUCAGUAUUUCUUUCCCAAAUCUUCCGUUAAAAUGCGACGGACGGUAAUCUUAAGAAUGCCAAUGACAAGCAGCAAGAUAGGUUCGAAGAAUUUUGCUCACUCUUUUUUUCAUUUCGAAUUAUUUUUUACGCGCCCGGCCGUUUUUAACGCUCUUCCUGACAAAGUUACAAAAUCUUGCCAACCAUUUUAAGACACUCAUGGCUUCAUUGGCAAAAAACAAUUUAUUUUAUACGUUUCAAUAGCAGUUUUUAAACAAAACUUAAUAUUUGCGCGUUGUUCCAUCCUGUUUUUUCGAUACAAAGUCACAUUUCAUGUCAUCACUCACGAACCAAACAUGUUAACACCUUGAAAUUGUUGCUGGUGAUAGCUAAAAUGUGUCGUUACGUAACGCAUGUGUUGAUUCAGAAAUGCAGGCGCUGCAGGCAGCGUGGAAAUAGGUCAUCUUUUCACUGGGACAUACUGUGUAUGUUGUGAGUAUUAACAGCAAAGCACGUUGAAGAUUAUACUCGUUUCAACGCGUCGAUUUCUUCGAUUACAUUGUCAGCCGAUCGUUGACGAUCGUAGAUAUCACGCAUAUAUGUUUUCGUUGAUAGGUCCGUGUAGCUUUAUAGAUUGAUACUUUGUUGUACUUUUCAAAAAUCGAUUGUUGCUAACGCAGAACACUCGAUAUUCAUCAGCGAUCCUCGUGCCCCCUCUCCCCCCACGCGCGUUUUGUCAAUAAUAUAUCAAUAUUUUAUUAUGUCCAAUUUUUAUGACGACUUCUAAUAAAAAGUUGCCAGCAUA